GGCUGUUUGAAACAGCAACACAACUUCGAAGGAACUUCACUUCUCUAUACAUCUUUGAUCUGUCUUCCUGGAAUACCUGAAGAAAAUAGUUUCUGCCUCUCCUGACACACAAAGAUGGCUGCAGCUCUGACUCUCCUUCUCAUUGGCAGUCUGCUGCAAAGUGUCCACUGUGGAGAGUUUAAGGUCACUAUGCCGCAGACUAUAGAGGUUCUCAGGGGAUCCUGUGUGACCAUCCCCUGCUCCUUUGAUAUAGAGGACAUAUCUAAAUCAAACUUGGAUGAAACCUGUAAAGCAAUGUGGAAAAAUGAAAGAGGGACUGUUGUGUUUGAUAGCAGUAAAACACAACUAAAUAAAAUAGAAGGAACAUUGACAGGAGUCUUAACAGCUAAAGACUGCACCACAACCCUGAACAACAUGCAACCUGAACACAGCAACACAUAUUAUUUCAGACUGGAAUGUAACAAUCGCCUGAAAUAUGAUUUUAAACAACAAAGGUUGGACAUUUCAGUAAAAAAUGAUCCUCCCAGACCGACUCUGACUCCGUCCACACUGGAGGUGGAGGAGGGAACCUCAGUGAGUUUGAAGUGCUCUGCUCCAGCUCCCUGUCUGUCUCAUUCUCCAACUCUGACAUGGACCCCCAGCCUGGGUCACAAUCAGGAGACACUGGAGGAGAAUCAGGACAAAACUAAAGUCAAGACCUCUGUUGUGAACUUCACUGCUUCUCACCUCCAUCACAGACAGGAAAUCUCCUGUACUGCCGUCUACAACAAACAAGAUGGCAGCACUGAGUCAUCUGUUAGCACAAGUUUAACAGCUGAUAUUUCAUGUCCGUUUCAGGUCAUCAUGCCGCAGACUAUAGAGGUUCUGAAGGGAUCAUCUGUGACCAUCCCCUGCUCCUUUUGUAUAACGGCCGAUUUUAGAUCAAACUUAGAUGGAACCUGUAAAGCAAUGUGGAAAAAUGAUCAAGGGACUGUUGUGUUUGACAGCAGUAAUCCACAAUCGUCUACAAUAAAAGGAAAUUUGACAGGAGACUUAACAAAAAGAGACUGCACCACAACCCUGAACAACAUGCAACCUGAACACAGCAACAAAUAUUACCUCAGAGUGGAAUGUAACAAUUCCCUGACACAAAAUUUUAAUGAACAAAAGUUGAACAUUACAGUCAAACAUGAUCCUCCCAGACCGACUCUGACUCCGUCCACACUGGAGGUGGAGGAGGGAACCUCAGUGAGUUUGAAGUGCUCUGCUCCAGCUCCCAGUCUGUCUCAUUCUCCAACUCUGACAUGGACCCCCAGCCUGGGUCACAGUCAGGAGACACUGGAGGAGAAUCAGGACAAAACUAAAGUCAAGACCUCUGUUGUGACCUUCACUGCUUCUCACCUCCAUCACAGACAGGAAAUCUCCUGUACUGCCGUCUACAACAAACAAGAUGGCAGCACUGAGUCAUCUGCUAGCACAAGUUUAACAGCUGAUAUUUCAUGUCCGUUUAAGGUCACUAUGCCGCAGACUGUAGAGGUUCUCAGGGGAUCCUGUGUGACCAUCCCCUGCUCCUUUGAUAUAAAGGCCAAUUUUAGAUCAAACUUAGAUAGAACCUGUAAAGCAAUGUGGAAAAAUGAACAAAGGACUGUUGUGUUUGACAGCAGUAAUCCACAAUUGUCUACAAUAAAAGGAAAAUUGACAGGAGACUUAAUAAAAACAGACUGCACCACAACCCUGAACAACAUGCAACCUGAACACAGCAACAGAUAUUACCUCAGACUGGAAUGUGACAAUCCCCUGAAAUAUGAUUUUAAUCAACAAAAGUUGGACAUUUCAGUAAAAAAUGAUCCUCUCAGACCGACUCUGACUCCGUCCACACUGGAGGUGGAGGAGGGAACCUCAGUGAGUUUGAAGUGCUCUGCUCCAGCUCCCUGUCUGUCUCAUCCUCCAACUCUGACAUGGACCCCCAGCCUGGGUCACAGUCAGGAGACACUGGAGGAGAAUCAGGACAAAACUAAAGUCAAGACCUCUGUUGUGACCUUCACUGCUUCUCACCUCCAUCACAGACAGGAAAUCUCCUGUACUGCCGUCUACAACAAACAAGAUGGCAGCACUGAGUCAUCUGUUAGCACAAGUUUAACAGCUGAUAUUUCAUGUCCGUUUAAGGUCAUCAUGCCGCAGACUAUAGAGGUUCUGAAGGGAUCCUGUGUGACCAUCCCCUGCUCCUUUGAUAUAAAGGACGAAUUUAAAUCAAACUUAGAUGGAACCUGUAAAGCAAUGUGGAAAAAUGAUCAAGAUGUUGUUGUGUUUGAUAGCAGUUAUCCACAAUUGUCUACAAUAAAAGGAAAUUUGACAGGAGACUUAACAAAAAGAGACUGCACCACAACCCUGAACAACAUGCAAUCUGAGCAUAGCAACAAAUAUUACCUCAGACUGGAAUGUAACAAUAAACUGAAACAUAAUUUUAAUGAACAAAAGUUGGACAUUACAGUCAAAGAUGAUCCUCUCAGACCGACUCUGACUCCGUCCACACUGGAGGUGGAGGAGGGAACCUCAGUGAGUUUGAAGUGCUCUGCUCCAGCUCCCUGUCUGUCUCAUCCUCCAACUCUGACAUGGACCCCCAGCCUGGGACACAGUCAGGAGACACUGGAGGAGAAUCAGGACAAAACUAAAGUCAAGACCUCUGUUGUGACCUUCACUGCUUCUCACCUCCAUCACAGACAGGAAAUCUCCUGUACUGCCGUCUACAACAAACAAGAUGGCAGCACUGAGUCAUCUGUUAGCACAAGUUUAACAGCUGAUAUUUCAUGUCCGUUUAAGGUCAUCAUGCCGCAGACUAUAGAGGUCCUGAAGGGAUCAUCUGUGACCAUCCCCUGCUCCUUUUGUAUAACGGCUGAUUUUAGAUCAAACUUAGAUGGAACCUGUAAAGCAAUGUGGAAAAAUGAUCAAGGGACUGUUGUGUUUGACAGCAGUAAUCCACAAUCGUCUACAAUAAAAGGAAAUUUGACAGGAGACUUAACAAAAAGAGACUGCACCACAACCCUGAACAACAUGCAACCUGAACACAGCAACAAAUAUUACCUCAGAAUGGAAUGUGACAAACGCCUGAAACAUAAUUUUAAUGAACAAAAGUUGGACAUUUCAGUCAAAGAAGAUCCUCCCAGACCGACUCUGACUCCGUCCACACUGGAGGUGGAGGAGGGAACCUCAGUGAGUUUGAAGUGCUCUGCUCCAGCUCCCGGUCUGUCUCAUUCUCCAACUCUGACAUGGACCCCCAGCCUGGGUCACAGUCAGGAGACACUGGAGGAGAAUCAGGACAAAACUAAAGUCAAGACCUCUGUUGUGAACUUCACUGCUUCUCACCUCCAUCACAGACAGGAAAUCUCCUGUACUGCCGUCUACAACAAACAAGAUGGCAGCACUGAGUCAUCUGUUAGCACAAGUUUGAGAGCUGAUAUUUCAUAUUCACCCAAACACACCACAGUGUCAGUCAGUCCCUCUGGUCCAGUACCAGAAGACAGCACUGUGACUCUGACAUGCAGUAGUACUGCCAACCCAGCAGUAAGGACCUACACCUGGUUCAGAGCUGAUGGAGGCCAGGAGACUUUUAUUGGGACCAGACCUGUUUUAAACAUUGAAGCUUCUGAAGUCAGUGGUCCUUUUUUCUGCAAGGCUGAAAAUGAUCUUGGAGCUGGACGAUCCAAUAUCAGUCAAAUAGACGUUCAGUAUUCACCCAAACACACCACAGUGUCAGUCAGUCCCUCUGGUCCAGUACCAGAAGACAGCACUGUGACUCUGACAUGCAGUAGUACUGCCAACCCAGCAGUAAGGAACUACACCUGGUACAGAGCUGAUGGAGGCCAGGAGACUUUUAUUGGGACCGGACAUGUUUUAAACAUUAAAGCUUCUGAAGUCAGUGGUCCUUUUUUCUGCAAGGUUGAAAAUGAUCUUGGAGCUGGACGAUCCAACAUCAGUCAAAUAGAUGUUCAGUAUUCCCCCAAACACACCACAGUGUCAGUCAGUCCCUCUGGUCCAGUACCAGAAGACAGCACUGUGACUCUGACAUGCAGUAGUACUGCCAACCCAGCAGUAAGGAACUACACCUGGUACAGAGCUGAUGGAGGCCAGGAGACUUUUAUUGGGACCGGACGUGUUUUAAACAUUGAAGCUUCUGAAGUCAGUGGUCCUUUUUUCUGCAAGGCUGAAAAUGAUCUUGGAGCUGGACGAUCCAACAUCAGUCAAAUAGACGUUCAGUAUUCACCCAAACACACCACAGUGUCAGUCAGUCCCUCUGGUCCAGUACCAGAAGACAGCACUGUGACUCUGACAUGCAGUAGUACUGCCAACCCAGCAGUAAGGAACUACACCUGGUACAGAGCUGAUGGAGGCCAGGAGACUUUUAUUGGGACCGGACCUGUUUUAAACAUUAAAGCUUCUGAAGUCAGUGGUCCUUUUUUCUGCAAGGCUGAAAAUGAUCUUGGAGCUGGACGAUCCAACAUCAGUCAAAUAGACGUUCAGUAUUCACCCAAACACACCACAGUGUCAGUCAGUCCCUCUGGUCCAGUACCAGAAGACAGCACUGUGACUCUGACAUGCAGUAGUACUGCCAACCCAGCAGUAAGGAACUACACCUGGUACAGAGCUGAUGGAGGCCAGGAGACUUUUAUUGGGACCGGACGUGUUUUAAACAUUAAAGCUUCUGAAGUCAGUGGUCCUUUUUUCUGCAAGGCUGAAAAUGAUCUUGGAGCUGGACAAUCCAACAUCAGUCAAAUAGACGUUCAGUAUUCACCCAAACACACCACAGUGUCAGUCAGUCCCUCUGGUCCAGUACCAGAAGACAGCAAUGUGACUCUGACAUGCAGUAGUACUGCCAACCCAGCAGUAAGGACCUACACCUGGUACAGAGCUGAUGGAGGCCAGGAGACUUUUAUUGGGACCGGACGUGUUUUAAACAUUAAAGCUUCUGAAGUCAGUGGUCCUUUUUUCUGCAAGGCUGAAAAUGAUCUUGGAGCUGGACGAUCCAACAUUAGUCAAAUAGAGUUUCAGUUUGCUCCACAGAUCCUGUUCUCCUCUGAUUGCACCAAAACUGCAGACCAGCUCAACUGUUCCUGUGAGACUGUGGGAAACCCUUCUCCCAUUUUAGAGUGGUAUUUGGAUGGGUUACCCAUCAAUCACUCUGACAAGUUUGCAAUCAGCAAUGAGCUUCUGAAUGACACAGCCCUGAGGAGCUUCAUCGCUGUGAAUCAACCACAGGAGAGGGAUCUUUCCUCUUUGCUCUGCCGCAGCUCCAACUCUCUGGGAUCUGCCAGUCAACGUUUUUGUGUCUACAGCCUUGAGCCUCGAACAUCUACAGAAAAUCAUGGUCAAGUUACGUUGCCCGUCUUCAUCGUCACAGUCGGUGCACUUACAGCAGCACUAAUAUGUGCUCUACUGUUUGCUUUCAGGGCUCAGAGGACUGAGCGCCAUAACCCUACAAAGAGCCAGUGUACAGGUGACACCAGCACAGCUGUGAUGAGUCAAGAUGUUACAAGUGAAAAUAGAAAUAAGGUGUCUAUCACAUUAGAAGAAGAUAUUUACAUCAACACCAACAUGAUCAGGGGGAAGAUAAACCAAAUUCUCAUCGAGGACAUCGACAGAUAUCCAAGCAAGAGCAAGAAGAAGGGAGAACGUGCUGUGGAAAGGAACCUGUCUGGUAGCUCCUAUCUGGAGGAGGAGAGGUCCAUGGAGGGAGGCAUGAGCAGAAAUUACGUGAGCAAUGCACGGGAGAUGGAGAGUCUAUAUGGCAACACUGUGAUUGGAAAAGAUGCAAAGAAGGCAGAGUAUAGUGAAUAUGCCGAGGUUAACGUAACAUGCAUGACUUUGGACUGUAAGAGGAAACGGGAACAACUGGAGUAA